UAGCUAUUAGACCGGAGUUGGUUGUGCUGUCACGGAUAACUGUCUGGCGAAGAUGGGACCACUGAAAACUGGAUAUUUGCAGGUCAAAGUCAUUUUAAUCGAAGAGGCAUGCCGGUGACCACAGCAAGACCUAACGUCUGCAUGGAGGCGGUAAAAGUGGAAAUAAUUACAGUGUGGUGUCAGUUUACUGAUGCUAGCCAACUCAUAUUUUGAGAUUCUCUGGCUAGUGUUAGCUUCUAAACCCAGCCGCAUAACGUUAGCUGGCUCAAAACCCAGCUAUCAUCAUGAAGAGCUGGGUUAAACAAGUGUUCUUUUGCGCUCUCCUGAUGCACAUUACACGACCAAGAGGAGGAUCUUCUCUUCUUUCCGUGUAGGAUUAUUCUGUCAUUUUUAUUCGGCUUCUCGGACCAUAUCCACAAUGUCUGAUCCAGGUAACUGGACUGCACCGCCAACUCAAAAAUCACAUUUUGUAACGGGCGCGAUGCUGAAGCGAUCAAAAAGUUGCCGUAGCAGCAACAGGAAGAGCCUUGGAGUGGGAACUCCGUCCCCCACACUGUCCCGCCCUCUGUCCCCCCUCUCCGUCCACACAGCAGCCAGCAGUCCAUUGGAUAGCCCAAGAAAUGUCUCCACCAGUGCCUCAGUCAACUUCCCCUUCGCUCGCAGUCAUAUGGCUCGCACUGACAGAGCGGAAGGACGACGAUGGUCACUGGCUUCUCUCCCUUCAUCAGGCUACGGCACCAACCCUCCCAGCUCCACAGUCUCAUCGUCCUCGUCGUCUCAAGAGCGGCUCCACCAGCUUCCCUACCAGCCCACUCAGGACGAGCUCCACUUCCUGUUCUCACACUUCCGCAGCUCCGAGAGUGUGACCGACGAAGACCUGCGCCCCACCACCGCCAUGCGUCCACGCUCACGCAGCCUCAGUCCGGGGCGCAGCAGUGGCUCGUUUGAUAACGAGAUCAUCAUGAUGAACCAUGUUUACAAGGAGCGCUUCCCAAAGGCGACGGCUCAGAUGGAGGAGCGUCUGCAGGACGUGGUCUCCCGGUGCUCGCUGGACAGUGCGCUGCCGCUGGGGGACGGAGUGCUGGGCUUCGUGCAGCACCAGCUGCUGGAACUGGGCCGCGACUGCCUGGACAAGAGCCGCAAGGGCCUGGUCACCUCCCGCUACUUCCUGCAGCUGCAGGAGAAACUGGACAAGCUGCUGCACGAGGCGUACGAGCGCUCGGAGAGUGAGGAGGUCACCGUCAUCAGUCAGCUGGUGAGGAAGAUGCUCAUCAUCAUAUCACGGCCUGCCAGACUCCUGGAGUGCCUGGAGUUUGACCCUGAGGAGUUCUACCACCUGCUGGAGGCGGCCGAGGGCCAUGCCAAGGUGGGGCGGGGCAUCAAGACCGACAUCCCCCGAUACAUCAUCAACCAGCUGGGCCUCAACCGAGACCCGCUCGAUGGCAUGGUGCCGCUGGACCAGUACGACUCCAUCGACCCCAUCGCGACCCCCUCACUGACCGUGGAGUCGGAGGAGACCACAGAGCAGAGCCGCUCGUUGCUCACCCCGUCUCGGAGGAAGCCGCUGGAGAGUGAUUUUGAGACCAUCAAACUCAUCAGCAACGGGGCUUAUGGGGCGGUGUAUCUUGUGCGGCACAAGGAGACGCGUCAACGCUUCGCCAUGAAGAAGAUCAACCGCCAGAACCUGAUAUUGCGCAACCAGAUCCAGCAGGUGUUCGUGGAGCGCGACAUCCUCACCUUCGCAGAGAACCCGUUUGUGGUGUCCAUGUUCUGCUCCUUCGAGACCCGCCGCCACCUGUGCAUGGUCAUGGAGUAUGUGGAGGGAGGGGACUGUGCCAACCUGCUGAAGAAGAUGGGCCCGCUGCCCGUGGACAUGACGCGCAUGUACUUCGCCGAGACCGUGCUGGCGCUCGAGUACCUCCACAACUACGGCAUCGUGCACCGCGACCUCAAACCCGACAACCUGCUCAUCACCUCCAUGGGCCACAUCAAGCUGACGGACUUCGGGCUGUCCAAGAUCGGCCUGAUGAACAUGACCACCAACCUGUACGAGGGACACAUGGAGAUGGACACGCGCGAGUUCAUCGACAAACAGGUGUGUGGCACUCCUGAGUACAUCGCCCCAGAGGUGAUCCUGCGGCAGGGCUACGGUAAGCCGGUGGACUGGUGGGCCAUGGGGGUCAUCCUGUACGAGUUCCUGGUGGGCUGCGUGCCCUUCUUCGGAGACACACCUGAGGAGCUGUUCGGCCAGGUGGUCAGCGAUGAGAUCAUCUGGCCAGAUGGGGACGAUGCUCUGCCUGUGGACGCUCAGGAUCUCAUCACCCGUUUCCUCAGACAGAGUCCAAUGGAGCGCCUGGGAACAGGUGGCGCUACGGAGGUGAGGCAGCAUCCCUUCUUCUCUCAUGUGGACUGGAACAGCCUGCUGCGGCAGAAGGCCGAAUUCAUCCCACAGCUCGAGUCUGAGGACGACACCAGCUACUUCGACACACGCUCCGAGCGCUACCACCACUUGGGCUCAGACGAGGAUGAGGAGACUAACGAUGAAGAGUCCUCCCUGGAGAUCCGCCAGUUCUCUUCCUGGUCCAACCGCUUCAGCAAGGUGUACAGCAGCUCGGAGCAUCUGGCGACCCCGUGUAACCUGAGCUUCUCUUCGGAGCGCAGCCCCAGCGAGGACAAGGACGAGCCGAGAGCGCCGUCACCCGCAGACACACACACACUCCGCCACGCCGCCGACGAACACCGGCUCUCCGCUCAGAGGGCCAGUCUGCGUGUGCGGGCCUCGUCAGGCUCCUCCCAGUCGGAGCGCAGCAGCAGCCCAUUGGUCAUCAGCAGCACACACAGCCUGGAGACCAUGCCGCGCUUCGCCCUGUCCACCGACGACGAGGAAGUGGUAGUGUCCAAUCUUCACCGCAUCAGGAUCCGUAGCAACAGCACCGGGGCCAAACACUCAUCUCCAAGGGAACAGGGGGGCAGCUCUCGGCGCUAUGGCAACCAGCUCGACACCCCCGACAAACACAGAGUUCCAUCUGGGAGCAAAGUGGCAUCGGGGGGAAAAGUACCCAAGUCUGCUUCUGUCUCUUCACUCUCCCUCAUCAUCACCACAGACGACGUGUGUGGCGGAGGCCUCAUCAGCCCCAUCUCCCCGCGCUCGCUGUCGUCCAAUCCGUCGUCGCGAGACUCGUCCCCGAGCCGCGAGCUGUCGCUCAGCCUGACCUGCCUGCGGCCGCCCGUCCUCAUCCACUCGCACGGCAGGAAGUUCGGCUUCACCCUGCAGGCCAUCCGCGUCUACAUGGGCGACUCCGACGUCUACAGCGUCCACCAUGUGGUCUCGAGUGUGGAGGAGGGAAGCCCAGCGCAUGAGGCAGGUCUGCGGGCUGGUGACCUCAUCACGCACGUUAACGGGGAGUCGGUGCAGGGGCUCGUGCACACCGACAUGAUGGAGCUGCUGCUCAAGAGCGGCAGCAAGGUGGCGCUGCAGACGACGGCGCUGGAGAACACCUCCAUCAAGAGGGGCCCGGCGCGCAAGAACAGCUACCGGGGCAAGAUGGCGCGCCGCAGCAAGCGCAGCAAGAGGAGGGACACGCAGGACCGGCGUCGCAGCAUCCUGAAGAAGCUGUCGAAGCAGAGCAGCGUGAUGCAGAGCAGUCGCAGCUUCUCGUCCGGCCUGCAGCACUCGGUCUCGUCCAGCGAGAGCCUCCCGGGCUCCCCCACACACAGCCUCUCCCCUGGACCCUCCACACCCUGCCGGAGCCCUGCCCCGGACCACCACCCCACAGAUGCGGCGGCGACUCCCCAGACGUCCCCCAGCUCCCCCGGCUCCCCUGCGGGCCACAUCCGGCCCAGUUCCCUGCACGGGCUCGGCUCCAAGCUGGGCUCCCAGCGCUACACCAAGGUGGGCCGGCGCAAGUCCACCAGCAGCAUCCCUCCGUCUCCGCUGGCCUGCACGUCCCCCCAGCGCUCCCCGUCGCCCCUGCCGACCAUCGCCAAGGCGAUGCACUCGUCCUUCCACGGGCGCACGCUGUCCCCGCCCACGCUGGCGCGGCAGGCCGUGAUUCGUCCGCGCAGCGCCGAGCCCCCCCGCUCGCCGCUCCUCAAGCGCGUCCAGUCGGCCGAGCGGCUGCCCGGCGCCCACCACCACCACGACAGGAAGUCCUUCGCGCCGCGCCGCCACACGCUGGAGGUUCCGCACGCCGAGGCCGACGCAGCGCUGGCCGAGCUGGAGCCCGACGGACCACCACCAGCAGGGGGCGCCACCACUCGCCUGGGCCUCAACAGCGCCCUCUACAGCAUGCAGGGCUACAGCGCCGCGCAGGGCUACAGCGCCACCCAGAGGCUGUGGGCGUCGUCGGCGGGCAGCACGGAGCAGCUGGUGGUGAUGCGCAAGCUGAACCUGUCGGAGCGCCGCGACUCCUUCAAGAAGCAGGAGGCCGUGCAGGAGGUGAGCUUCGACGACCCCGACGAGAAGCCGGCGGCAGCGGCGGCAGCAGCAGCGUCGGCCCCCCCACAGCACCGGGCCGUCUGGCUAGUGGGGGGGUCGGGGUCGGGCGGAGAGGAGGACGGGGCGGCGGGGGGGCGCAGGUGCCAGCUGGUGCCUCAGAUCGCUGUGCAGGGCUCGGAGAGCGAGGAGCAGGAGGACUGGGAGCCCUGCUCUGACGACGAGGAGGAAGAGGAGGAGGAGGAGGAGGUGAGGAAGACGAGCGAGCUGCACGCCGAGAGCACCAUCUCCGCUCAGACCGUCGCCAAGGGAGCAUCCCAGCCUGCUUCUGUUGCCCUUGGCAACGUGCAGUGGGUGGUGUCCACGGUGACCAGAGGAGGGAAGAAGCCGACGGAGAAAUGAAGGAAGCAAGUGACUCUCCGCACGGAAUAACACACUGAACUCAAGGAAUAACACACUGGACUCAAGGAAUAACACACUCUCCGCACGGAGUAACACACUGGACUCACGGAGUAACACACUGGACUCACGGAGUAACACACUGGACUCACGGACUGAUCCCGCCUUGCCAAACACAACGUCAUGAAAUAAAUUUAGCAGUUUUGGAUAGCUCUGUUCAGGGGUAUUUUCCUGCUUUGUACAUUUUGUAAAUAGGUAAUGUGGAGAAACUUGAAGGUAGAGUGGCAAAGCUGGCGUUUACGUCUGAAGGUCCUGGUGUUCAAACAGAAGAACACGACGAGGAGUCAUGAUCAAACUAAAAUUUUACUCAUUUCGGAAUAUAUCUGGUUUGUAAUGGCUUGAGAGUUUAACAUUUUUAUAAAUAUAUAUUUUAAAUUGGAAUGGUUUGGGCCAAAAAAAAAAAACUUGAUCAGAGUUUGAGAAGCAAUCAAUCCAGCAGCAAGAAAUGCAUGUGAAGGAGAAGGGGAGGUGAUCUGAGACUCUGAUAGCAGGAGGUCUGGCUCAACCGUGUGCGAUGUUCUCCUCACCUGAUCAGCAGAGUGCAUUUGUUUUUAUUUAUUACUGGGCCAGCCAGGAAGCUUGUUUGGUUGUGAUUCUUCAAGCCAUACGCCGUGGUGAAUUGAUCUCAUUUCAGUUCUGACUCCUCUGUAGUUGAGCAGCAGAGCAUGAUACUACUGCACUUCUGGGCUUCAUGUCCUGAGGAUUACUAUGGACUAACAACUUUUUUGUUUUUUCUGUUUUACAAAAAAAAAAAUACUGAAAUAGAGACCUGGACAAAUACACACUCACACACACAUAGAUUGUGUUCCAGUCCGUCCAACAAGUCCAGACGGCCGCUUUCCUCUGGUGUGUGUGUGUGUGUGUGUGUGUGUGAGUAUGUGAGUGUUAACAGGAUUCACAGGUCAGGGUCCAUGCACUCCAAGCCCUCUCCCCCACCUGUUCCUGUGUGUUUUAUGCAAUCCUGACCCUGACCUCUUACCCCCACCUGACCCCUCCAUCCAACCCAGUAUGAGGCCAUGACCCUCUCAGCAACCUGCUCGUCGUCAUAGCUUCCUCCGUUUUCCACGGGUUAAUGUUUACAUGACCUCUGUCCUCCACCUGACCCCUUGACCUCCACCUGACCCUUGACCUCCUCCUGUCCUCUCCACGGGUUAAUGUUUACAUGACCCCUGACCUCUGUCCUCCACCUGACCCCUUGACCCCCACCUGACCCCUGACCUCCUCCUGUCCUCUCCACGGGUUAAUGUUUACAUGUGGGCAAGACUGUCUUGGCCAUGCUGCCCGCUCCCUCUCCUGUCGAGGGAAGGACACAAAGUCUGAAGAAAUGUCUCGUUCUCUCUGAAUCCAGGACGAAGGAGGACACAGUCUGAAGACACUUCUCGUUCUCUCUGAAUCCAGGGCUCCCUAUUUGUAUCUGACAUGAUGAAUCCUUUUGUUAGUUUAUUUUUAUGUAUGAAGUCCUGUACAUUUUGAUACAAGUGUUAUUUCAUGUGACCUUUUUAUGCAUUGCAAACUUGAAGAUGCUUUUGUGGUGGAUAGGUGGAUUCAUAUGAGCAGUUGUGUUGCACUUGAACGGGGUUUGAUGAUAAUCAGUUGGCCUUUUGCCAUUGUUUUUUUUUUGUUUGUUUGUUUGUUUUUUACAUGGAGUUUUCGGAGUAUGUAGGAAUUCAGCAUAGAGUCCACUGUAGAUAUGCCAAGUCUGUUUAAAGUGUUACAGUGUGCAUACGACAUGCUGCUCCAGGAGCACUCAACAGGGUCACCUUCCUCUAACAAACGUUACUUCCUUACUUCUAUGGUAGUCCUGUCCUUCCUCUAACAAACGCUACUUCCUUACUUCUAUGGUAGUCCUGUCCUUCCUCUAACAAACGGUACUUCUAUGGUGGUUCUGUCCUUCCUCUAACAAACGGUACUUCCUUACUUCUAUGGUAGUCCUGUCUUUCCUCUAACAAAUGGUUCUUCCUUACUUCUAUGGUGGUUCUGUCCUUCCUCUAACAAACGGUACUUCCUUACUUCUAUGGUGGUUCUGUCCUUCCUCUAACAAACGGUACUUCCUUACUUCUAUGGUGGUUCUGUCCUCCUGUUCUGUUCUCUUUGAACAUUGAUCUGAAUGACAACACACACACAGCGACACACAGCCACAGUGCUCUCGGUUAAUGUGUGUGACUUACAGGAUGUGAAGCCUGGAACUCACUGAUCCUCGAGAAGGGAGAUGCGCAAAGCAGACCUGUUCUGUGACUGACCCUAGAGAAGGGAGAUGCGCAAAGCAGACCUGUUCUGUGACUGUUUGUGAAACAUGUUUACAUUUGAGAGAGAGAGAGAGAGAGAGGGCGGGGGGUCAUCUCCCUUAAACAGACCAAGAGAAGCAGUGCUUUUGUGUUUUUAUACCUCUGCUGGACAGCGCCACCACUCUGUGAUACUGUGUCAGGUCAGACUAGUGUGCAUCCUAACACGACUCUCUCAAACGUGUGUGUGUGUGGUUACUGCUGCCACUCACAGGCCACUGUAAACCCCUCUGUGCUAGAGGCGUCUCUUAUGUGGGCAUGCCUCACCACAUUGUCCGCUUUUCAGGAUGUUCUUAAUUGCAUGCAGCAUGAUCAUACAGCCAUGCACACAUGUACACACACACACACAGCCAUACACACCUGUACACACAUACACACACACACACAGUCAUACACACCUGUACACACACGGUUGCAUGACUUAGUGGGCAGGAGGUCCAGCUUAUGUUCAUGGCCUGUUUCAUGUCAAUCAUAGGAACACACAUCUGUACACACACACACACACAGUCAUACACACCUGUCUCAAGUCAAUCACAGGAACCAGCUUUGAGCUGACACUUUUCCUGACUUCAUCACAGACCCAGACUGCACACUUUUAAAGGCUUCAAUCACCCAUGUAGUUCAGUCCUCGAUUUGGUACAGUCCUCUCUUUGGUACAGUCCUCUCUUAUUUGGGACAGUCCUCUCUUAAAAGUUCCCUCACUGAGUUUUAAGUCCACUAAUGGUGUGAAUUCUUUUUACCAGGCGUUUUCUGUUAGUGUAAGAUCAUCAAUGGGGAUCAGUAAAGUAUCUAUCUAUCAAUGCCGAGUGUAAUCUGUGAACAACGUUCGCAUCUUCUGUUUCGAUCACCUCGUGCUAGUAGUCACCCCAACCUCAGCCUCAGCAUCCAUACCUCGAUCAGAUGGGCUGUGGCAUAUUUGACCCUUAGUUGACCUCUAUCUAUCAGACGGGCUGUGGCACAUUUGACCCUGAGUUGACCUUUCAGACAGGCUGUGGCAUAUUGUCCCUUAGUUGACCUUGUUGCAUCUUACUCUCGAAAACGUCUUUGAUGAAGUUCAUGUGCCACGUUUCUGUUGUUUGCGUCUAUCAGAAGGGAUUCAUCGGACAUUUCAGUGUCACUGGGUUUUUAAAACGACAGUGACCAAGCUAACAGCUGCUGCUCCAGCAUGCGCACCCAUAGCUCAGUAGGCUACCUGAGGGUCCAGCGCUUCUUCUGUUUGCCGAUAA